UAGAGAGUGAAAGCCACUACAGGAGAAGUAGAGCUGCUGGCCGGCAAAUAUCUUCCCCCGGCCAGCCCUCUCUUCUCCGAUGGAUCAGGCUCCCCAUGGCGCCGCCGCUUCGCUAGACCUGUCCCUCUCGCUUGCCCCCAUGAGACCACCACCACCAUCAGCACCCCGAUCCUCCUUCUUUUGGGCUGAAGGAGACGCCGCUGCCGGCCACGGCGGCCAUGGUGGCCGUGACGGCGAAGCGAGAUCGAGGCGGCUGUUCUCGUGCCUCUUCUGCGACAAGAAGUUCCUCAAGUCGCAGGCGUUGGGGGGCCACCAGAAUGUGCACAAGAAGGAGCGGGCCGGCAGCUGGAACCCCCACCUCUACCUCCAAUCCGACGACGGCGACCAGCCGGCCGCGGCGGCGGCAAAGGAGCCGGCGAGAUGGCCAACCGCGCGCCAUGGCAACGACGGCGAGAAGCAGAUGCAGCAGCAGCAGCAGCUUGAUCUCAACCUCAAGCUUUAAUUAGCUACCUCGUGUGUACGUUUUUAUUAUCUUCAAUCUUCUUUUCCUCCUGAAACUAGCUAUUAGUCAGCUAGGCGUGUAUGUGCACUAAACGUAUUCACGCAUGUUCGUCCUGUAAUGUACAUAUACUUUUGUUUGUAAUACUACUACCUAUGGUCUU